AGAGAACCGCUUCAUCGUGCUGCAGAACUCAGUUAUGUGGGCAUAGUCAGCAUUCUCCCUGAGCACGGUGCAAAUAUGGAAGUUAGAACGCAAGAAAAUGCUACCCCCCUUAUGUUAGCGGUAGAGCGUGACUACCUCCAGACUGUUAGCUAUCUGCUUUCUUUCGGCGCGGAUGUAUCUGCGGUAGACAUAUUCGGCCGUACACCAUUGCUUUGCGCAAUAAUUGCCGGGCACGAAAGCGUGGCAAGAUUGCUCAUAGUGGCCGGUACAGACAAACAUGCAAAAGGGUCUGAUGGUCGUAAUCCACUUUUCUGGGCCGCCCGUCAUGGGCUGGAAACCAUUGCACAAUUACUCCCUGAUGAGAAUGCGGAC